GAAUACUGAAGAAAUGGCGAACAGAACUGUGAAGGAUGCCAAGUCGGUUAAAGGAACUAAUCCUCAAUAUCUAGUGGAAAAAAUUAUUCGUUCUCGUAUUUACGACAGUAAGUUUUGGAAAGAAGAAUGUUUCGCCCUAACAGCAGAAUUAAUGGUCGACAAAGCCAUGGAAUUGCGUUUUAUAGGAGGUGUUUUCGGUGGUAACAUCAAGCCCACUCCGUUCCUGUGUCUGAUCUUGAAAAUGCUUCAAAUUCAACCGGAGAAGGACAUUAUCGUGGAGUUUAUCAAGAAUGAAGAGUUCAAGUACGUGCGUGCACUUGGAGCAUUUUAUAUGCGGUUAGUUGGUACUUCACUAGACUGUUAUAAGUAUCUAGAGCCAUUGUACAAUGACAGUAGGAAACUCAGACGCCAGAAUCGCCAAGGUGUUUUCGAACUGGUACACAUGGAUGAAUUUAUAGAUGAGCUUUUACGGGAAGAUAGAGUGUGUGAUGUGAUUCUUCCAAGAAUACAAAAAAGGCACAUUUUAGAAGAAAGUAACGAACUUGAUCCUAAGAUCUCAGCCCUGGAUGAUGAUUUCGAAGACAUUGUAGAGAGUUCGGAAGACGAUGAAGAGGAAGAAGAAGCGGAAGUUAAGCAGUAUGAUGAAUCAAAAUAUGACUUGGAAGCCGUUGCUAAGGAACGACCCCAUCGUUCUCGAAGAGAGAGAACUCCAGAGAAAAGUAGAGAUUAUGAGAGGGAUCACGAGAGAGAUUAUGAUCGUGACUAUGACAGAAAGCAUAAGCGAGACAAGCGACCAAAAGAAAAAACGAAGUAUAGAGAUAGAAGUAGAAGUCGUGAGAGGGAGCGUGUCAGAGAAAGAAGUCGUGACAGAGACAUGGGGAGAAUGCGAGAAAGAGACAGAGGCAGGGAUACUGGUAGAGAUGGUGGUAGAGAUAGCGGUAGAGACAGGGACAGAGAAAACCGUGACAGAGAUCGAAGAUACAGAUCUGAUAGAUACAGAGAUCGUGAUUAUUGACUUUCCUAGUCUUACCUGUUUCCUUGAAGUUUUGAAUCAUGAAUGUGUUUGGGAAGUUGUAUAAAGUUUGACCA